AUGUCUCAGCAUGGGCGGAUCAAAGUGCGUACCACAGCUGAACAGGCUGAAGCAAAGAGAAAAGAAAGGGAGAAGAAGCUAAAGAUUUAUCAGCAAACUACCAAUCAGAUCUAUGAAAAGGUAUAUUUUACAACAUCUGAAGUAAUAAAUUAAUGCAGAGAUGCUCAUCACAACUUAUGCAGUUGCGAAAAGAAAGUCUAAAGAAAAUUCAGGCUUGCCAGGUAUAUUAUCAACCAAUUUUAUGAGCAGCUCCCAGUUGGCUUGGUAACACAAUUGACUAGAGCGCAGCAGCGGUAUCACAGAGGUCAGGGUUCAAAUCCCAGCAAACCUGAAUUUUUUUCAGCCUUUCUUUUCACUACUGCAUAGGUUGCAUAUUUAACUGUGAUGAUCUUCUCUGCAUUUAUUUUUUUCAUUUCAUAGUACAAAUAUAUGAAAAUUAAUUCAUAUACUCAUCAUUUCAUCCAAAAUACCCUUGAUGAACGUGAGGCAGGUAUUCUAAAUGGGAUUUGGAUGCUUAUUGUCUUAGUGAGUGGUGUAAAUUGCAGAUUUAGUCUCACUCAGGGUCUUCAGGACAGAAGGCCAGAGAUAAAGGUUGUGCUCAAACAUAUAUCUAGAAAAAAACUAAUAUCUUUGUACUGUGGUGAAUACAGCAUUCAAUGUCAAAAUCUUUAGCACUAUUAAAUCUCCAUAAACGUCGGGUAUCAUCAUGCAAAAUAAGUCUAAAAAUACAAGGGUCAAGCAAAUCAUUUAGAAAUGGAUGCACCAGCAAUUCUGAGCAGACAGAUGUUGCAUCAUAAUUUUUAUGGGGGCUUGAGGGUUUGACAUUUUCAGAAGUUAUGUUAUUGGUUCCUGUGAUGAUGACGAUGAUGAUGAUGAUGAUGAUGAUGAUGAUGAUGAUUUUCUCUUUAUUCCAGAGGAAAAAUGGAGAGAUGGACCAGGAGUCGCUCUCUUUAACAGAACAAGUUCUUGCAGCAAACCCAGAUUUUUCUACACUCUGGAACUUUAGAAGGGAGAUUUUUCUCUGCAUGAAAGACGAAAAGUAUGUAUUAUAAUGAAUUAUUAGUAUAUUGCUAAUAGUUUUCAUUGGUUUAUUUCAAUGUCAUCUUUAAUAAGUGCAUUUAAUUAAAGCUAAAUUGUUAAGAAAUGAUUUAGUUGUUGGGAUUUGAAAAGGUCUCUUUGAUGUGUCAUGGGUAAAGACCAUCCGCCAGAAAUGUACUGACUGCCAAAAAAAAUAGAAUGAAUAGAUACAUAGUAACUUUCACUGGAUGAGCCUUACAUGUACACUAUGAUAAACUCAUGCCCCGUGUGUUGUGCACUCUCCACUUAUCUUGUCUCUUAAGCCAUGUAGCAGUUCUCUGCUACCCUAGGAAUGGUUUUAAGUGCUAUCAUGCUUUCUUUUUUAAGUCCUCCAGAUUUAUUGCUGAAGCUUUGCCAGAAAGAGCUGUCAUUCCUCAAGAAUUGUCUGCAAGUGAACCCUAAGUCUUACAGUGUGUGGCAUCAUAGACAGUGGAUCAUGGAAUACAUGCCACAGCCGGACUGGAAUGAAGAACUGCGGCUUUGCAAUUUGUUCCUGUCUUAUGAUGAGAGAAAUUGUAUGUUCAUUUAUUAUUAUUUUCAAACAUUUUGAUGUAAAUGUUGGAGAUAAAGAUCCCGGGCAAGGAUGCAAUGUUUCUCAAAUUCAUACAAACAAAGAAAACCAAAUUUCUAACAUUAGUAAAAAAGAACCUGGAGCAUUAUUAAAUUUGGCUAUUCUUGCCUUCUCACCUAUUUUAAUUUUUGAACCUUAUCACCAAUAAAUUUUUCAGAAAAUAUCCAAAAUACAGGCCCACCUUCUACUGAGGGUUUAUUGGUUUGAACCCCCUGCCCCUCUGGAAUUCCAAUUUACCUUCAUACUUUCUUUUCGGACUUUUGGCCUUUUAGAAAAGAUAUUAAGGUUACCGGUAAUGAGAAUUUCUAUGCUUUACUACUGUAAAGGUUUAACUAUAAAAAUAAUUCAAGGCGGAUAUUGAAUAUGUGUAAACGAGUGGAUUUAUUACGUUUGACAGUGUACUUUUCUUCCAUCAGUUCACUGCUGGGAUUACAGACGAUAUACUGUGAAAAAAGCAAACAUAUCCCCAGAGGAUGAAUUCAACUUCAGCACAGAGAAGAUCAAAGAGAACUUUUCUAACUAUUCUUCCUGGCAUUAUCGCAGUAAACUGCUGCCACUGAUUCAUCCUGACCAAUCUGGAGAUAAAGAACGUGUGGAAGAGAAUGCACUAAUGAAAGGUCUCUAGCAGAAAAUGCUUGUUUCUGACUAUGUUAAAGUUAAUUUUCAACUUAUGAACUAGUAAUAUUAUUGUUCACAUAUUAGGUUUGUUGUUAAAAUGACUGGGAUCCAUGUGGGAUCAAUUUACGAUUCUAGGAAACUGCCCACCUACCCUUUCCCACUUAGGGCAAAAUGCUGGUUUAGGGGAGGGGUGGGUGGGCAGUUUCCCAGAAACCUUAUUUGAUCUGAAAUGUGCACUUACUUUGGUCAUACAUUUAUUUCUGUUUCAGAAUUUAAUCUUGCUCAGAAUGCAUUUUUUACAGACCCUUAUGAUCAAAGUGCUUGGUUCUACCAUAGAUGGCUUUUGGGAAGAGGUAGGAAUUAAAGCUGAAAACUAUUUUCGAACACUCAAAAAGAGAAACUUCAAUUUUGUAUUAUAAUUAAAGGAGUAGCCACAAUGUACAUUUAUCGUGGAAUUAAAAAAGACUUACGAUGAUCGUAAUACAAACCAAUGCAUUAAGUGACUUCCCUUUUGUGGUAUAGUUACCAUAGAAAUGGAUGCUUUCACGAACUAGACCACUUGGGGUAUCUUGGCUGUCUUUUCCAAGUACAGUGUUUUAAACCUGGGAAAAGGUCAGUGAUUUGGAUAGGGUGGUCGCUUUAUUGAGUUGUGCUCACGGAGGGGUGAUCAUACAUCAUGGGAAUACAAGUGUGAUAAGAAUUCAGUUUCAAGUUCUGCAUGGUCUGAUCCUACCUGACCUGUGCAAAUUGAAUACUGGAAUGCUGGUCAAACUUCUGAUAAAGUAAUAAGCUUUGUAGGUGGUCGAUAAGAUGGCAGUGCUUGUCUUGUAGCAAUGCUUAGGAUCAAAACCCACCAACCGUAAGUGAGGUUCAGAAUGCCCCCAUCACCUGUCGCCCGGCAAUCACAGUGUUACUAAUAAUUGAAAAAAACAAUGGGCUGGUGAAGACCGUGAUUGAAACCUCAUGAUCAAUAACAAAGUGACAGUCUUGAGACAAACUAUAAAAGAGGCCUGACCGUACGAGCAAUAGUUUUUUAAGAGGAUUUUUUCUUUCUCUGCACGUUUUGCUGCAUAAAUUUAGCCAUAAGCAUCUCUUAAACUCUUACCCUAGAUUCUAUGACUCUAGUGAAAUAAAUCUGCCAACAGGCUGUAUCGACCAUUCAGUGUAUAUCAUAUGCCUUCUCUUCUUUUAAGGUUCAAAUUAAGAGCAUUAAAAUAAUUUUUGAUGUUUUAUUUACUGUUAGCAAGACCGUUAAUGGAUAUUUCCUGCCUCUAUGUGAGUUGUCAUGAAACUAUGGCAACAAUCAUUGUACAAUUUUGUCAACCAAUCCAGGUGAGUGUUAUGGGCAAUAUUGCAACUUAUUUUUGUAAACAAUAAUUUCGAGAUGUUUGCAAUUAUUAUACCCUUACCUGCACUGACAAGCCAUAUGAAUACCAUCUGUUGAUGUAGGCUUCAUCGCCAGUCACUGUUCUUGAACUCACUCUCAUCUUGAAGAGCUUGGGUUAUCAUAUUCUUGGUUUGCAACCAUGUGCCGUGACAAGGCGGCCUUAUUGGGGGUCAAUACAAUAGAAUUUUUUCUCGAAGAAUUUACAUGAAAAUAGAGUUAAGUUCUCAGAGGAGAGAACAUGGCCAACAUUGCCGCCGUGACGUCACGUGUAAGCCAGCAAUUGUCGCUGAAGCAAGUCCAGUGAUCUAACAGUGACUGCAGAAUACCCCUCAACGUCCAAGCUGCAUAUAGAAGAGCUGGAAUUGUGGACGCGCUGUUAUUCCUUUUAUAUGCUUUUCUAUUUUCAGUGGCUUCACGAACGACAAGUAGACUUUAGUAUGUGCUUCAUGUUGUUACGAUGUUCAAAGUGGAUACGCGGUCGCGCAGCUACUGUGUAUCCACGUAUCCCCGCAUUUAGGAGAACGAAUUUGGACCGAGAUUCCUGCACAAUCUCGUAGUAGCCAAUGAAAGCAGCCAAGCGGCCAUGGCGGUGCAAUUCGACGCAACACCGACACAAUCUCUCAAGCAACCUUUAAGGCGUUGUGUUACGGCUGUCCAGUUCAUUUUCUCAUAAUUGCCCUGAACUACGCAUCCUUAAUUAUUCUCUGUGGAACUUGACUUAAGCAAAUAAAUUUCUUGUAACUGACAAAAUCACAACUUUGUGUCAGACAAUUUUGGUCUGCAAGCAUAAUAUGAAACGUUACAAACAACGAAAAAGAACUUUGAAAAACUGUUAGGCUAACAAGUUUUGAAAAACUGCAAUUGCAAUCCGUUUCAAUCUUCUUCACGUUUGUCCAUCCGUCCCUUCUUUGGUAGUUGCUAUGUUAUUUAUACCUUCUUUUAAAGUUUUGUGCGUUUUUUUUUUUCAUGUUUCACUCAAUUUGGUGGCACUUCCCACUCUCUGAAUAUUUUUCAUAAAUUUCGCCCCGUAGCUCCUUUAAAAAGGCUGAUAUAGUGCCUACGGACUAAGAAAGAUAAUUUUUUCUUAUUGCGUUUUUUUUUCUUUUCAAGGUACCUAAAGAAGUUCCAUUUGUCUCUGUCAAUGAACAAGAAGUUACAGGAGAAUGGAACAAUUCUUAUCACAACAGCCAUCCCUCGACAGUGUGGAUAUCCUUUUCGGUUGUCUGAUUUGUUAUGCAGGGUAUAAUUAUAUGUUCGGUCAUGCCUCUUUAGCAUCUGUGAAAGUCGUUGUUUUUCUUGGUCUCUCUCUCCCAGAUGUAUCAAUAUUAAUGACCCUUAUUCAGUUGCACACAAGAGAGCAAGAAAAAGGGCCUGUUUACGUGGAGGUGGGGGACCCCGGGUAGGUGAGGUUACUCGCUUAGAUGGGGCAAAAAAAAAAUAACCCGCGUUUAUAUGCAAUGUUACAACCCCGCCAUCUCAAAAAGGCGACGUGUUUUGGCGGUUAAUACUCUUCUAAUCUCACUUGAAAAUGAAACAGUCGGCUUACCUCACCUAAGGAUGGCGUCUAUAGCAAGCUAUGAACAGAUAGGGGAAAACACUUCGUCGUUUGUUCGCUUCCCAUAAAACAUCGCAUCAAGAAUUUCACUUCGUAGUUUUGUACCAUUAUGGGUUAGCAAUUGUUACAAUUUGUUCCUAUACUGUCUUGGAAUUUUCCUUGGUUUGAAAGUGUUUUCCUUGACCGUUCACACAUUUAUAGCUGCAAACAUUGCUUAUCAAAUGUCCCGGAUGAAACCAUUGUAAAAGUGACAUUUAUGAAUGGAAAACUGGAAAAGUCUGUGGUGUUACCGAAAGGUUUGUAUUUAAAUUAUUUGUAUUUGUCGGUACAUGUAAUGUUUAUGACCAAAUUGCUGGAUACAUUGCUUGCAUGAGUUGCUAUGUAAAAUCGCUUUUGCUGUCAAACUGUGUUUCCAAGUUUCUCGUCGUUUACAGAUACACUGGUUUCUUCUGUGAGAUAAAAUGUCGAGUUUUUAGCCGAGGAUAAUGACUUAAUAUAAAGUAAGUUUAGGCAAGCUCUUAACUAUAAAAGGUUUGCAAAACUUUGCACUUUGUAUUUUGCCCCAGUAGAGGUAGAUUUCCACUGUCGCGUUAUUUAUUUUUUGUUUUAUGGGCGUACGCACAAAAAUUUUACUUGCGUAGAUAAAAUAGGUAACCUCGCUCAACUUUUACGUUUACGCGCUACCUUUCGUACAUCUCUUCUGUUAUAUUUACGCACGUUAAUUUUACGUCGUAGGCACGUGGGCAGUGUAAACCACCCAAAGAAAGGAUAAAUAAUUCCUGAUCAAGAUUUUGUUCUUAUUUGUGGUAGAUUCGUGUUGUUUUAUGACAUUCAAUGGUAUUGAUCGCAACAGUGAUUGUGAUUGUGACCCAUGAACGUAGAUUUGCUUUGCAUUUGUAGGUGAAAAAGAAGCUUGGACACUUGCAGCAAGUGACUCUCAUCUUUUUAGGUAAGCUCUUACGGCCAGUUGCGAUUGGUCAAGAACGUGCUGCGAUUUUAGUGACGCAAAGUCAAAGCAAUUACGAUACUUCAAUACCGCUCUAGGGAUCGCAUUGAAAAAUCCUUAAACAUUCUUUUGUUGGCGUUUUUUCUUAGAGCGGAGUUGACAGCAGUACAAAGUUCUGUCCUUCAACAAGAAUUAGAUUCCUGUCGACUUUUGUUGGAAGAGGAACCUAACAAUAAAUGUAAGUGCAAUUUAAGUCCUAGAACUUGUUGUCGGUACUUUUUUCAAGGGUCGCACAGUACUUCAUGAGUCCAGUUUACUGAGUACGUUUGGUUGUGUUUGUUUUUUUGUAAUAGGACAAUUGGCGUUUAACACUACGCGUUUUUGCGAGGAAAGAGUACAACGUGAGACCAAUUAAUUGAAUAUAUUGUCGAUGUUGUUCUUUUUGUAAUCCAACAAAAAGGCGUUUUGCAUUCCAUCGACCUCUUUUGAACAAUGAACACGUGCAUGCAGCUGCCAUCUUUGAGUUUUAACACAGAGGACGACUGGAGAAAGAAGGGCGGAUGAGCUUCUUGUAGCAUUCAACUUAAAGGAUAUAAAACCAGAUCCGGAAACACUGUCGGUUAGGGUCAAUCACUCAACCAACAGCCAGAACUGUACUUCAACCAAAUUUCUGGACAUUUUUCAUUAUCGUUAACCUGAGAAAACAACGGUCGAUUCUGCAGAAAUGCCAUACUGAUGACGUGUCACUACCCAGAUCUGGGUAUUGUUCUUAUUGGUUAAAAGUUUGCUUCAUCCAAUCACGCAGAUUGAAGUAUUGUAGCAUCAUCGGUAUGAAGUUUCUGCGGUCGUUCCUCAGACGUAAUUUCCCGGAGAAACUAGUGGCGACCUCACAAAGUGCCGGCCUUUUUCUCUCGCUACACUACUAUGAAUAUUAAAAAUGGUACCCUGCUCAGCAGUCGAAAGUGGGAAAACUACAAUCGUUGGGAUAGGUGUGGGAUGGGUUUAAGACUGAAAGAACGAAGGCUGGUGGGGAUUGUGGUGGACAUAGCCAGUGUAAAUUCUAGUCUUGCGCGUGCGCCCAAGAAGCUCUUGCAAUGCGAUUUGGUGUAAAUUAAUUUUGGUAUUUCCCCUUUGUUUUAAAUUUUUAGGGACAAUGUUAACAAUGGUACUGCUGAUGCGUGCUUUAGAUCCGCUCAAACUCGAACAGGGAACAGAGACUUAUUUAGAAAGCCUUACCCAAGUUGACUGUUACAGGCAGGGCUACUACGAAGACCUUAGUACGUUUAGUUAAAUUAACUGUUUGUCGACUAGACAGAAAAAUGUUUUUAUGUUAACUUAUUGUCAGGUCUUUUGUGUUAAUCUUUCACUGUGUUAUCGGUGUUUGAAGUACGUAAUGACUGACUGACUGACUGACCAUCAAUAUGUAAACCACACAAAAAAAUCCAUUGAUUUGCACUCUAGAAGGAAACAAACGUCCAGGCUGACUGACUAACUGACUCAGUAACUGAACGACUUGCUGACUAACUGACUGACUGACUUACUGAUUGACUAACUAAUCAAUUAGGUGAAUGAUCGACUAACAGCCUGACUGACUGACUGAUUGAUUGACAUACAUUUGUAUUUGUAGGUUGUUAGGCUAAGAAAGUGACUGACUAUACCUACCUGGACGUCUAACAAGCUUAGUUUCUAGAGACGUUGUGGUGUUGCAUUGAGGAAUUCGAAAGUGAGCCCUUCAUAAGAAAGUUGGAAUCAUCAGCUUGUAAUACUUGUUACGGUGGCCAAUUUAUAUUAACUCAGUCGUUAAUGAAAAUCGACUGAGUUAUUAUUUGCCGUCGAAUUCGUUAACUUUUCCGUCUGUUUCUUGUUAGGACGAAAAUUCCGAGUAGAAAACGCUAUAGAGAGGCACAGCUUAGUGAAGGUUUGGAACUCAAUACCCGUUUUAUUAAUGCCACGUUAAGUUUUGUUCAUUUGUUUGAUGGUUAAGCUUUCUAUUCAAUAUCCAACUUAUGAUCUCAAGUGCAGUCAACAAAUGUGGUAUUACCCAACCCAACUUACGUCAGCUUCAAAUUGUGUUGUGUUUAUAAAAAAAAAAACGAAUUAAUGCAAGGAGAAAUGUUGUUUAGCAAUAGUGGCAUUGAUAGCAUCUGCAGUCUUAGCUGAGAGGAAACGUUUAGAUGUAGGUAUAUUACUACUACAUUCAAAACCCAUGAUAGGUUUCUGAAGCAAUUGGUUUGAUUAAGCAAAAGGAUAUUGCAAAACCUGGUUUUCACAAGUUUCAGAAAACUAUACGGGGCUUAACCGUCUUUUCUGCUGGAAACUUUAAUACUACACAAGAACACAGUAUUUCUUGAUCAUCUACAGUGUACUGACUAAGUUUGAUGUAAUCAAGUGUGAGAGUGUAUGUUGCUCAUUUAUAAUAAAGAUUUUCUUAACAGCCUGCGCAACACUCCUUGAGCAAAAUCAGAGACCACUAAUUUCUUGUACAGUCGAAUCCCGGUAACUCGAACCCUCUAUAGCUCGAACCUCUCGCUAACUCGACGCAAGUUACAUUUCCGUUCAGGUCGUUUUCUAUAUAAUUUACCCUCGAUAAGACAGACGCCCGAUAACUCGAACUUUUUUCUAUUUUCCUUGAAGAUUCGAAUUAUCAGGAGUCGACUGUAAUUAUAUUAGAGACCGCUAAUUUCUUUUUUGCAACUCUUCUCCUUGUAUUCCAGGAUGGAGGAAGCAGAAGUAUUGAUCUCUCCAACAUGGUCAGUACAUUGUCGUCCAACAAUUGCGAGAGUAGUAUGGAACAGACCGAUUAGGCCUUUUUUGGUGUGUGCCAGAAAAAGCUAUUUUGCCUUCGCCUCAUAUGUGCCCCUGACUUUAGAGAUCGGCGCGGCACAGUCUCACUUGCUGAAAAAAAUCACGUCUAGAUCAUCUUUCUUGUGUGUGAACAGAAGCCCUAUCCGGUAUCGUCACAAAAGCUAUCCGGUAUAAUGUGAACGCAGCUUACGUUGUCUGCAAUGGACAAUGAAAACAGCAGGGAAUAGAACUUGUAUAAGUACGCUACGGUUCAGUGAUUUUCACGUCGCAGGUGGCUUCAUGACUGAAAAAAGUUUAAUUUGAAAAUACACUAUGGCAUCAAUGGUGUAAAACCUGUCAAACCGGUCAAACCUUCUUACAAUAGUACAGGACUCAAUAUUAAUUAGAUUACUCCGCAUUUUAUUCUUGCCAUAAUGACAAAGGGCUAUGACGUCAUCCGGCGUUAAUGUUUUCCUGCGCAAAAAGUGCGGUCUAAACGGUGCCUACUAUACUGCUUACCAGUACCCUGCGAGCAGAGGCUGUGCGAGCCGGCGUGCGAAAAGUAGGCGAAAAUGUAACCUCUGCUCGCAGGGUAGCUUACCAGCAGCUGUUUAAAAUUAACUUUAAACGUUUCAAAGUCAGUCAAGGAGAGAGGCCGCAGUAAAGUAGUUGAUUUAUGCCACUGAAACCGGUGAAAUCUGACCCUGGGCCAUCUGUGAAUUAAUUGCGACGUCACCUUGAGAGUUGAUGAUCCUAAAGCAGCCUUCAAUGGCUUUUAAUUGAGGGUCCACACAAUUUUGAAGGCACCUUGAAUUUGGACUGAUUUACUUUCACUUGUUCUUAUUUUUUCCUUUUUUGUUCCCUUACAGGACUUGACAUUUUUGUCACACAUGGAUCAGCUUGUUCUUAUGAAGGAAGUAAACCUUUCUCAUAAUCAUUUAUCUUCACUGGACGAAUGUAACAUGUUACAAUGCGUAAUAACCCUAGAUGUCAGUAAUAAUGAACUGCAGCAUAUCACCAAAAGACAUGCUUUAAGAAUCAAUAGACUGCAAGAGCUUUCUCUUUCAAAUAACAGUAUCCUUUUUUAAGAGAAGAAAGAAUGUUGUGUUCACACCUGCACGAAUCAUGAUUAGUCUUAUCACAAUUAAGGCGUUCAUCACUUAGUUUUCUCUUCUCGAGACGGUCUUUGGAGCGAAACAUACUCAGUAAGAGCAUGACUUUCGACCUUGAUCGAAACCAAUAGUCCCUUUGCAGCUAGCCUUCCACGUGGUACACACCACCAUGUUGGACUGGAAAAAGACAAACAAAGAAAAUUACCAUUUUAAGCUCUCUAUUGUUUGACCAUGCGGUCGCUUACGGGAGCUCAUUCUAGUAAGCGACCAAGGCUAGUUACAACGACUUUUUCGUAUUUCCGAGGUGGUCGCUUACGUGAGCUUCGACUGUAUUUAAAUCGCUACCAGCUCUGAUAGUCUGCGUUUUGCACAGAGGAAAGAAGGGAAGAUAAGAGACAGAUAGAAGAUGUUGCCUUUCCCCGUCGCUUCCCCCUUCUCUCAAGAGCCCCAUCGUCUCUGCGUUUGCUUAAUUUCCUCUGCUCCGUUUCCCUUUUGAUUGCUUUCUAUAAUGUAUGAGACGCAAGCAUGAGACGCAGUGUUUCAUCACCAGAUGAAACACUGAGAAGAGAAUUGAAAAUACUACGAACUUCGAGGUGUUUCAUCUGGUGAUAAAACACUGUGUCGAACGCUUGAUAUUACUUCUCCAACAAAAUAAUUUUAGAAGGUGAAAUUAAGGACGCGAAAAUGAGCAGUUUUUCAUCUGAUUUCCAAACACUCCUUAAACAUUUAUUUCCUUUACAUUUUCUUGAUUAAUUAUUAAUGCAUUUGAGAAGUAAUUGUUAAGUCUGAUUUGCCCCUUACGCGGCAUGGUGUUAUUGUUUUUAACGCACUUUCCUUGACGCAAUGAAAAGAUAUUUCUGAUUUAGAAGUUUUGAAGACUCUACAACACUGUCCAGUCCUCAGGAAAAUGGACUUGCGUGGAAAUCCUUGCUGUCAAGCACCAGGAUAUAUAGACAAAGUAAAAUCUCUGCUACCGAGUAUUCAAGAGUUAGAUGGAGAGAAGGUUUGACAAGCACAUUAAGACUGUUAGCAAAAUCUCGGUGAAGAGUUUGUUUACUUCGAUCACCCAACAAACUUGUUGGUAAAACUAAGUUUGUAGCAUAAGCAAACCAAAGUCUAGUUUGACAAGUUGAUGCAAUAAGCGGAAUUGCUUUUAUACGAAAACUUACUUCGAAUGACCAUAAUAUGCGAAGGACCUUUACGUCUUUAACAAAAAAUCCAUGCAUCAUUGGUGAUUUUGAUGUAGCGCAUGACUGUGUCUGUUUUUGUCGAAUUGCACCAUGGGACUGUCAAGAGGACGCUGUCACGCAUGACUUAGCAUGACUUAAGGGGACGCUGUCACGCAUGACUGGGUCGGUGUUUUCUGGAAAUACGUUAUGAGACUGUUAAAAAGACGCUGUCACACAUGACUGGGUCGAUGUUGUGUCGAGUCUCACCAUGGGACUGUUAAACGGACGCUGUCACGCAUGACUGGGUUGGUGUUCUCUCGAAUUGCAUUAUGGGGCUACAAAAGAACGCUGUCACACCUGACUGGGUGGGUUUUUUGUCGAAUUGCACUGUGGUACUGUCAAGGGACACUGUCUUGGCCAGUCCAAGUCUUUUCUUCAACUGCAACCUAAAAAUGGCGAGCUGCAAAUGGUCUCAAAAAUUAUUAUCAAAGAAUUACUAUCAUUAGAAUUAUUAAUUAUUAUUAUUAUUCGCUCUAAUUUUUUUACUGCCGGAU